CCGCCCGCAGGCAAUGGUUUCCUUCCGGUACUCAUCGAUAAGAGCCAUGUUCACAGCUCUUGCGCUCGAGGAAACCUUGGAAGCCGAGAAACUGCUAAUCGCGGGGAUCAGUGCCCCGCACCAUUCGCGGGCGUAUCGUGUAUUCAGCGAACUGCAACACUGGGGCGGUUCUUCUUGCACGUGUAAGGGCGGUGAUGGCUGCCAAGACGAUUCGGAUCGCGCCAAGUUCGCAGCAGUUGGUGUUAUAUAAAUCCAGCUCGCCAGCAAGCAUCACCCCCAUCGCACACUGAACCUCGACUUCGAAGGAGCAUCGGACACCUCUCAACGCCAAACUUACCAAGAUGUCUAAGAUCAGUGAAUGGCAGCCCGGUACCCACUACGACAUGGGUUCGGAGGUCGUCUACCAAGGCGUGAGGUAUAAGAUCAUCCAAGCACACACGUCGGAGCCCGGCUGGGAGCCUCCUCAGACACCGGCCCUGUGGGGUCGCAUGCAAGAUGAUUACAGCUCACAGACUUCAUUUGGGUACGGGGAUUUCUCAUCUCAGCCCAACCGCGGCGGUGGACCUGGUGGCGACUACAAUCCGUCCUACGUUCAGCCAGGGCAGUACCAGCCGCCCUCUCCUGCCCAAGGGUUCCAUCCUCAAGGCCCUCCCCAGGGUGUCCCGCCCCCUUCUUCCCCGUACCAAGGACAGCCUGCACCGUCGCCGGCUCCGCCUUCUGACGAGAAGCAGUGGGAUCAACACAGCGAGCAGAACGUUGAAAUCCACGAGGAGGAGCGCCAGAAGAAGUGGUAUGAGCUGGAUGAACAUCGUCGGAAGCAGCUAGAGGUUGGAGGCGGGCUAGUUGCUGGCCUGGCCGCGGUCGGAGCCGGUUACUACGCAUACAAGUCUCACCAAAAGAGCGAGGAGGAGAAAAAGGCACAGGUGUGGGGCCUCCAGAACUGGCUCCAGGAUGCUCAAGCACGCACCGCUGCCUACCACAGUGAAGGCCGCCGUACCCCCGUCACUUGGGUUCUGUCCGAAGGCAACAGGAUCCCUCCAGAUGCCAUCACUGGUGGAGAACAUAAUGGACAGCCACUGUACAUCUGCCGCGGUUUCUACGAGGGAGGAAUCCAGGUCGGCAAAGUAUCGCCUGCGUUCGAACGUGGUGCAGUGGUCGGUUAUGGGAGCCACGAAGCUCAGCUCCCCAAGUACGAGAUCCUCGUUGGCGACCCCCGUGCGCUACGCUGGGUCGAUGUUCACGGCCGUCUGAACGUGCACCACCUCGGCGCCCGUCCAGUCGAGGGCGGUCAGGAAGCUGAUGGAACGCUCCUCUACAUUGCGAAGGCGCAGCAGGGCAACAACAUCGUCCCGGGUAAAGUGAGCGAGAAGCAUGAUUGUGCGCUCAUCCCGGCGAACAACACGGAGAUUCAGUGCGAACACUAUCGUGUGUUGUGCUACGCUUGAAGCUCCGGGUGAAAGUGCACGGAUGUAAUAAAGAGUGUCUGCUGGUGAUGUG